AGGCGAAUUUUGCAAACGGCAAGACGGAGUGGGAGCGAGAGUACCGGCGAUGGAAACAAAUGGUGGAAGAUGAGAAAAGCAACAUACAAGAGCGCUUUGGUCGCGUUCUCGCAGAGCUACGGGAGGCUACCGUGCAGCUAGCCGAAGAGGAACGUGAUGCCAAAGCAGAACAAACAUCCAUGGUGUCGUGGUUUCGCACGGCAAGCGAAAGUGCACAUGCAGAAGUAAGUCAACUGCGUCAGCGCGAGGAGGAUCUUAGGGGACGACACGAGGUGAUGGUAAAACUCCUCAAUGACUUUCAACGGACGACGGAGCAGGUAGAUGAACAGUGGCGGCAGUUGCGGCAAGAGCGUCAAGACCUUAUGAAAGAGAGCGAAGCGCUGCGGAGUGAUGAAAUGCAGCUACGGCAGUCCAGGCAGUACCUGCAUCUCCUCCAAGAACAGCUCGAUGCCAAACGUAUAGAGACGGCAGAGGGCCAUGGGCGCGUAAAUGCGCUUCGGCGCGAGCUACAGCUCUCCAAAGAAGCGGUGGAAAAUUUACCAGGGCAGAUGCCUGAAGCCCGUCACCAAAUGCUGCCCGCUGCGCCGCCAAACUUCUGCCACGCCAUGCCAGCUGCCAGACAAAAUGCCAACCGAUUGCCACUGCGUGUGCUUCACGAAUUACGCGGAAUGCUUGGAAAGAAGAGCCGGCAGAUUCCACUCAGGGCGGUGGUUUCAGAAUCACCUGAGCCCGCGGUUGACCUUACAUUUGCCUCUACCGCCGCGGAAACCAGCCCAGUGCACCGCCGGAUGGCACCACAACACGAACAGCCACGUUCCUAUCAGACUGGCAAGCCAGAGCACACGUAUGUUGACCCGGUUGACAGCUCGAGAGACACCUCGACGCACCUAUACGACACCUCAAACAAUAAUUUCACGAGCCUCAUCAACUUCUCAGACACGGAGUCAACACGUCACUCACUUCAUACUUCAUCAUAG